AUGUCCAACAAGCACGAGCAGACCCCGCUCCUUCAUGAUGCUGAGGCAAGCAGGCUCGCCAUUCCAGUGAAAUGGCCCCUGUAUUACUUCCCCGAGCGUGUACGACCCUACCUCGAGCUCAUUCGCCUCGACAAGCCUACCGGCACCAAGCUUUUCUUCUGGCCCUUUGUUUGGGGCUUGACCUUGGCCGCCUACCGUACGGGUCUGUCAGAGACUACCUACGCUCUGGAGCUCCUGCGCUGCCUAGUGUCUGCGUUCAUCAUACGUGGUGCUGCCUGCACGAUCAACGACAUCUUUGACCGCGAGUUCGACGCCGGCGUUGAACGCACUAGAGUCAGACCGCUUCCUUCCGGACGCAUCUCCGUCCGCGCCGCGACGAUCUGGGGCAUUUCGCAGCUCGCUUUCGGGGUCCUCUUCUUCAGCCUUCUCCCGCCGCUCGCCUUCUGCGCAGCCGUGAUCCAACUUCUCCCGUUGAGCUGCAUCUACCCGCUACUGAAGCGCGUGACGUACUGGCCGCAGGCAUGGCUCGGCUUCACCAUGAACUUUGGUCUGGUGGCGGCUUGGGCGACGGUCUCUGACACUAUGGACUACCGUCUGAUGGCUGUCAUGGUCGCCGGAGGUUGGUGCUGGACAAUGUUGUAUGACACGAUUUAUGCCUGCCAGGACAUGAAGGAUGACGUGAAGGUUGGCGUCCGAUCCACUGCCCUUCUGUUCGGCACGUGGAUUCGCCCCCUCUUGAUCCUCUGCGCUUGCGGCUUUGCGGCAACGCUGGCUUAUGCCGGCGUUCUUAACGAGCAAGGCAUGCCCUACUUCGCCAUCACGGUUGGUGGGACGGUGGCGCACCUCAUCUGGCAGUUCGCUACAGUUGACCUCGACAACCCGGAGAGCUGCUGGAUCAACUUCAACCGCAACGGCCAACUCGGCUGGAUUGUCUGGGUCGGCCUCGCCGCCGAUUAUCUCCUCAAGAUCCACGACAUCACUCUCGCGUUCUAAACGCUUCACGACUCCGUCACCUUCACGAACGAUCGGGCCAAACGACUUGUACAUAUCGGCCGAACGAUUAAAUACGCGCUUACGAUCCGUACCACCACCCGAACAGACGAAAUGCGACGAAAGGCCUGGAAGAAAACUUCCGCACACAUUGCUACGAUGCUGUGACAAUGGCCUCCUUGUACUAUGGAGAUGUUGUAUAAUGCCUCUGCUUGCAUGUACCCCCUCAACUAUUGUAAUGCGUGUAUCAUUAUCACGAAAAUUUGAACAUCAAACACGAC